AUCUUAGCUGUGGACAGAGAAGCGGCAACUUCGGAAGUGUGGCGGCGCUGUCUAAAUGCUGAGGCUGGGCGGCCGUGGGCUCUUGCUGGGGCUGGCUGUAGCGGCAGCAGCGGUGAUGGUAUCACGGCUGAUGGGCUGGUGGGGUCCCCGCGCUGGCUUUCGCCUUUUCGUACCUGAAGAGCUGGCCCGCUACCGCGGCGGCGCUGAAGACCCGGGCCUCUACUUGGCGUUGCUCGGCCGCGUCUACGAUGUGUCCUCCGGCCGGAGGCACUACGAGCCUGGGGCCCACUAUAGCGGCUUCGCAGGCCGAGAUGCAUCCAGAGCGUUUGUGACCGGGGACUACUCUGAAGCAGGCCUUGUGGAUGAUGUAUCUGACUUGUCCUUCUCUGAGAUGCUGACACUUCACAACUGGCUUUCAUUCUAUGAGAAGAAUUAUGUAUUUGUCGGGAAGGUGACAGGAAGGUUCUACAGAGAGGAUGGACUGCCUACCCCAGAACUGAUGCAGGUAGAAGCCAUGAUCACCAAAGGCUUGGAGGCAAAUAAACAGGAACUGAAAGAGAAGCAGAAGUUUCCACCGUGCAAUGCUGAGUGGAGCUCAACCAGGGGCAGCCGGUUCUGGUGCUCCCAAGAGAGCGGAGGUGUGAGCAGAGACUGGAUUGGUGUCCCCAGGAAGCUGUUUAAGCCAGGUGCCAAGGAGCCCCACUGCGUGUGUGUGAGAACAACUGGCCCCCCUAGUGACCAGAUGCCAGACGGCCCCCCGCACAGAAAUCGAGGGGACUUGGACCACCCCAGCUUAGGGGAAUACACAGGCUGCCCACCUCUAGCCAUCACCUGCUCCUUCCCACUCUAAGCAGGUGCCCUACAUGUUGAUAACACACAAAAAGGCCUGCCCAAAACUCGAAUAGGCCCUAGGAUGGCUCCUGGCAUGAAACAGGAGGGUC